AUGCAAGAAGACGAGUCUGCUAUUCCAUGGGCCUCUAUAAUGAUGACCAAUGAACAACUUAAAAAUUUAGUUGCUAGUAUGACACAAGUAGUUUUCCGAAAUCAAGCCCAAAGCUUUACUAAAAGCGGAAACUUUUCAAAUUGUUCCUCCAGAUUUUCUGGCAAUAAAAAUGAAGAUGUAGAAGCAUUUAUAAGUGCCGUAACCAUUUUUAAAUACUGUGUUAAGAUUUCAGAUGAAAAUACAAUAAAAGAUUUGUCUAUGUUAUUAGAUCAUCAUGCUGCAACUUGGUGGCAAGCUAUUCAAUUCGCAAUCCUUAGUUGGGAUGAUGCUUUAAAGGCUUUAAGACACGCAUAUGGUUUAAACAUGCCACCAUGCACAAUUUUUAAAGAACUGUUUUCCGUGAUCAAGGCGAGAGAGCACCAACAGAUAUUUUCGUUAAUUCUAUUCGUGCACUCAUUGCCAAGUUACCAAAACCACCUGAGCUACAUAUAA